AUGCGGAUGCUCGGACUGCAGACGACCUCCUCUUUCUAUGAUGGCAUAGCUUGUGCCUUCGCAUCACGUUGGACGGAUGCGCUCUCGCUGCUGCUCGAGGCGCGUCAGCAGGGUGUCAGAGCGGCUGUCCAUCAGACAGUUGAGAACUUGGCGACUGAGGCGCGGAGAGGCGCCGAAGCAUUCCGCCCCUUCUGGGAUGUCGCGCCGGCACAGAAGAGCUUGAUGGCCAAGUGGAGCCAUGCCCUCGACCUCUUCUUCCGGCAUCUGACACAUCAGACGACGCCGCGGACGCUGGACGACUACCGCGCGGUAAUCAAAGCGUGUCCGCGCUUCUACUGGAAGCUUUCCCUGGCGCUGCUGGAAGAGAUGAACGCUGCAGCCCUCGGACCAGAUCUCCUCAGCUACCGCGAAGCGAUGAGGACCUGCAAUCGGGGACUGUACAGCUACAACUCGGUGCUUAUGCUUUUUCAGGACUUGCGCGACUCUGGGUUGGAGCCGGGCGUGGAGGAAUACAACGAGGUGAUGAUGGCCCUGGUCACUGGUAUGCGGUGGAAAGAGGCCUUUGACCUGUUCCAGCAGAUGCGGGCAAAGGAUGCUCCGCGACCCGACUCCAUGAGCUACAACAUUGCGCUGUAUGCCUGUGCCGACUGCGACGAUUCUGCUGCGUGGGCGAAAGCCCUCGGCUAUUGGGUCGACAUGCGGGAGGAUCUUAUCACACCUGGCUUCGACUCCUACGACAUGCUCCUGUUGGUGGCCGAGCGCUCCAAUCGCUUCGACUGGUCCCGGCAGCUUCUGGACACGCUCUCCAAGUUGGAUGCGCCGCAUACCGCCUUGAGCCCAGGUCACGAUGUUCAAUGCCGUGCUGAACGCGGCGCGACGUGGCAAGCAAUGGCAGUUAGCCCUGACUCUGCUAAGGGAAAUGGGUGA